AAAUGGAAAACGCAGUUGCUGAAAAGAUCAGAAGUUUCUAUAACAAGCCAAAGAAACAGAGAUUAUUCAGCUUGUCUCCGCCCAAGAGCGCACUUCCCACUCUCAAGGAGGUCAAGUCGAGGAGACUCAAGGAAUUUGAUGUCCAACAAUGGAUGAAGAAAAGAAGGAGCAAGCUCAAAUUUAGUGAAAAUAACAACGAGCUUGGAAAUGACGAAGGAUCAGUAGAGGAACUUUCUUCCUGGAGAACAAAGAGCAAAGAGUCUUUGCACAGUAAGGUUAGUGCAAAUCAGAGCAAAGAGCUUAAACCCUCAGAUGUUGUUGGGAAAGUCAAAAUUGAAACAUUCAAAAUGGAGAUCAAGACUUACCUAAAUUGUACUCAUAAAUAAAUUGAUGGUUGCUGAUCUGAGCAAAAUGAAGAAAGGAGAUGAAGAGUAUCUUAAAAGCCUGAACUCCAAAAAGAAUAAUAGAAGAGGUGUACUAUCACCUGGAGUAUACAGGCCUUCUAAAUUACUCGAAGAGAACACAAGCCGGGCUAGAGGGGCUCUCAGUUCUAUGGCCCCGCAUGUAAAUGUAAUCAUGAACAAUCAGAAUGUGCGGAAGCGAAAAGAAGUCGUGCUUAAGAAGAAUCCUCAGUUGAAAAAGUUUAUCAUUGAGAGGAAGGCCAAGAAACAAAAUCCAGCUCUGAAUAGGAUAGUCAAGUCUCCGUGCCCAAUGAAAUCCAAGAAGCAUAAAUCAUACUUCAAGGACAACAUUAAGCUGCUCGAUAGAGAAAAAUUGAAGAACAUUAACCCUGCCUCUAAGAACAUAUCGAUUCUACGCACUGAGAAUUUGAAAUCCGAUUUUAAAGGCAAGAUUAAGAGCCCUAGAAAACUUCAUCUCAAGAUAGAUGAUGGACGUAUGAAAAAGUAUCUGAAAUCCAUCCUUCCAGAGCUUCCGUCUCAUAGAGAGGAAAUAGCGAAAAAUAGACCCAAAAUAGUCAUCGAAGAGAACUAAGGUACUUUAGUACUAAAGUAAUAUUCCAUUAUGAUAAUAUCUCCAUAA